UUUCCGCAUUUGGAGAACACAAGGGGAUUAGUCAAAGAAAAAAAACGCAUGUGUUUACCUGACGUUAAUCCGUUGCUCCUCCUGCGAUCAAAGAGUCAAGAUCUGCCAUGGAGAGAGACUCGGCCAACUGCAUGAUUAGCUCGCUAUUUUUGCAUUUGAUGCAUGCAUGCAGAGGCACCCAUGCGCCCACAUCCAAUCGCGCGGUAGCUCACCGUUCUUGCGUUCGUUCGUUUCCCCACCUGCGCGUUGGUGAUAGGCAGGAUUUCUUUCUGUCGCCCUGUGGUAUUUUUCAUCUUCGUGCGGUAUUUCCACUCUGUUUGUUUCCUGUUCUUCCUUCCGGCUUCAGACCAAUCAUCUCCUGUUGGAAGCCUGUGAAAUUCUCCGCGUCGCAAGCAGGUGAACCAUGGCUGCUCAGCCAAAGAAGAGGACUGUACUAGAAAGUGGAGAUGGAGGUCUUGGUCUUGGCCUUGCUGCAUUUAUUGCAAAUGGUGAAGAUUUGGGUCCUAUCAUUCGGCAUGCAUUUGAGUCUGGUAAACCUGAAGCUCUCAUGCAAAACCUCAGGAGUAUUGUAAAGAAAAAAGAAGUUGAGAUUGAAGAGCUAUGCAGGCUUCAUUACGAGGACUUCAUCCUGGCCGUUGAUGAACUACGUGGUGUGUUGGUUGAUGCCGAUGAGCUAAAGAGCAUGCUAACAGGUGAGAACUUAAACCUGCAGGAGGUUUCUAGUGCCUCAUUGUUGAAGCUUGAUGAACUUUUUGAGUUAUAUUCGGUUAAGAAAAACUUAGGAGAGGCCACAAGAACGUUGAAGAUAUGUGUGAAAGUCAUCAGUUUAUGCAUGGCAUGCAAUGGUUAUAUUGCAGAAGCUAAGUUUCAUCCUGCGCUUAAGACUUUGGACUUGAUCGAGAAGGGCUACUUGCAAAAUAUUCCUCUGAAGCUUCUGAAGAAGGUAGUUGCAAAACAUAUACCAUUGAUAAAGAUGCACAUUGAGAAGAAAGUUUGCAGCGAGUUUAAUGAUUGGCUUGUUCAUAUCAGAAGGAUGGCUAAGCAGAUUGGACAGGUCUCAAUAAGUCAGGCCUCUUUGGCUCGACAAAAAGAUGAGGAAAUGCGUGUCCAGCAUAGAGAGGCUGAAGAACAUAGCGAUGCUAGACCAGAUGGGCAUACUUACACCUUGGAUGUAGAGAAUACAGAUGAGGAAUCAACACUGAAUUUUGAUCUCACGCCAGUGUACCGAGCUCAUCAUAUGCACAUACGCCUUGGUAUCGGGGAGAAGUUCCGAGAUUAUUACUACAAGAAUAGGCUCAUGCAACUCAACUUGGACAUGCAAAUCUCCACCUCACAACCCUUCCUUGAGUCCCAUCAACCCUUACUUGCUCAGGUAGCUGGAUUUUUCAUUGUUGAACAACGUGUACUUCGAAGUGCGGAUGGCUUGUUGUCUGAGAGCCAGGUUGAAACAACAUGGGAGACUGCUGUUGCUAAGAUCACAUCUAUAUUGGAAGAUCAAUUUGCUCGCAUGAGUAUAGCCAGCCACCUCCUUCUCGUUAAAGACUAUGUCACUUUGUUAGGCACAACUGUUAGUAAGUAUGGCUAUCAAAUCACACAAUUGAUUCAAGUCAUUGAGAAAAACAAGGACAAAUACCACCAGUUGCUUCUUAUUGAAUGCCGAAAGAAGAUAGAGGAUAUCCUUGGUAAUGACUCAUAUGAACAGAUGAUUAUAAAGAAGGAAUAUGAGUAUAACAUGAAUGUCACAGCAUUCCAUUUUGAACCCGAUGAUGUGAUCCCAGAGUUUCCAUAUAUGGCGUCAUUUUCCUCUGGUGUUCCUGAUGUUUGUCGUAUCGUUCGGUCCUUCAUUGAGGAUUCUAUCAGCUAUUUGUCAUACAGUGGUCGCAUGAACUAUGAAGUUGUGAAAGGUUACCUAGACAGGCUAUUGAUUGAGGUAUUAAAUAAUAGUCUUCUGAACAUGAUUUAUGCUCGCUCGUUGGCCAUGUCACAGAUGAUGCAACUUGCAGGAAAUAUCUCCGUUCUUGAGCAAGCCUGUGAUAUGUUCCUCUUGUUUUGUGCUCACCUGUGUGGCAUUCCGAAGCGUAUUGCUCAGAGAUCUCAUUCUGGUUUGACUGCCAAAGCUGUCCUAAAAGCCUCCCAGAAUGCAGCAUACAAUGCAUUGAUAAAUUUAGCCAAUUUCAAGAUUGAUGAAUUUAUGGUGCUCUUGGACGAUGUCAACUGGAUAGUGGAGGAAGCCCCGGAUAAUCCAAAUGACUAUAUGAAUGAGGUCCUUAUCUAUCUUGAAACGCUAGUGUCAACAGCACAGGCGAUUUUACCACUCGAAGCUCUAUACAAGGUGGUUUCUGGUGCAGUGAGCCACAUCUCGGACUCCAUCAUGACAACGCUUCUUAAUGACGGCGUGAAAAGGUUCACUGUCAAUGCAGUUAUGGGCAUUGACAUUGACUUGAAAUUACUGGAGGCAUUCGUGGAUGAUAAAUUUCAGAGCACUGGUUUGGCAGAUUUGGGUAAGGAAACAACAUUCGCCGAUUGUUUGGUUGAAAUAAGGCAACUCGUAAAUCUCCUCCUCAGCAGCCAGCCAGAGAAUUUCAUGAAUCCAGUGAUAAGGAUGAGGAACUAUGGAUCAUUAGACUACAAGAAGGUUGCCAUCGUUUGUGAUAAGUACAAGGAUUUUGCAGACGGGUUGUUUGGAAGCCUUUCAAACCGCAACAAGCAGGAUGCUCGCAAGAAGUCCAUGGAUGUUCUGAAGAGAAGGCUGAAGGAUUUCAGCUAAUUUAGGUUUAGGAAUGUUUGCCUUUGUAAAUAAACUGACGAUGCGCCGCUGAAAUUGAUGUUUCUUUCCUCCUCUUUGGGGACUGCUUGUGUCUGACAAUCUACCUCAAUUUCCAAAUAGACACAUUGAAUUGGUCAAGUUUUGAAUCCUCAGUCUUGAUUAGUACUAGGGUUGAAUUGCUAUUUGCCAGUCAUGUUAGAUUCCUUGGGUCCAAUUACUGCAGCACAGGUGUCGAAUAUCACCUGACUUCAUUUCUUUUUCUCGUCGUAAAAGCAUCUUCCAAAAGUGACGUGCAUAAAAGAUCAUGCUAAUAU